GGUUUAUGAAUAUUAUUGUUGAGAAACUAGAGUCCUGUGCUCAAAGAGCAAGUGAUCCAAUUCCAGCUCUCCUUUGCGACUUUUGUGAUCUAUUAAAGCAUCUUUAGUCUUUAGUGAGAGUUGGUUGUUUUACAGUAAAUCUCAGAGUUAGUGAAACUGUUAAUGUGGAAAAGAGAAAGAGUGAGCACUGUAGUAAAGAGAGUUGCUUUGGUUAUACAAAUAAAUGUUAUAUAAAGUUGAGAUCCCACACCAGAGACACACUUGUAUGUAUAAAUGUAAAAAUAUGAAGUAAACUUACGCAUCUUAAAGUCCAUACUCUCACUUCACACACUCUCUGAAUAGCGAAAAUGUCGAAGGAGCAAGGAUCGAGUGGACCUCGACGUGCAGUGUGCACAGGCAUCACCAUCUUCCUCCUUCUAGCUGGCAUCACUCUCCUCGUCCUCUGGCUCGUCUACCGCCCCCACAAGCCCCGCUUCACGGUGGUCGGCGCCGCCAUCUACGGCCUCAACGCCACCACCCCGCCGCUCAUGUCCACCACCAUGCAGUUCUCCGUCCUCAUAAGGAACCCCAACAGGCGCGUCUCCCUUUACUACGACAGGUUCUCCGCCUUCGUCUCCUACCGGAACCAGGCCAUCACGCCGCAGGUCCUGCUGCCGCCGCUCCACCAGGGCAAGCACAGCUCCGUCUCGGUGGCUCCGGUGAUCGGAGGCACGCCGGUGCCCGUGUCCCUGGAGGUUUCGAACGGGUUGACGGUGGACGAGGCUUACGGGGUGGUGGGUCUCAAGCUUAUAUUUCAGGGAAGGCUGAGGUGGAAGGCUGGGGCCAUAAAAACUGCGCAUUAUGGACUCUACGUGAAGUGCGACAUAGUUAUGGGUUUGAAGAAAGGUUUGGUGGGUCAAGUUCCUCUCCUCGGAGUUACACCUUGCGACGUCGAUGUCUGAUUAUCAUUUAUCACUAUCUUCUUUCUCUCUACAAUUCAGUGUAAUAAUGUGUAAUAUCUACUACUUUUAUUUUUUUUAUUCCCUUUCUAACCGAUAUAUAAACUUAGGACUAAGGGGUUUGCCUUUUGAAUUCGGUGUGUUAGAGAAGGUAGAGAUUGAAAGAGUUUCCAAGUUGCAGUAUUUGAGGUUAUGUUACUAUAACAUUUAGGGACCAGAAUUACAGAGUCUGUUUCUUCCCCUGACUCCAAAUUCUUUGUUUUGGGUGUGGAGUUUACAACUUUAUUUUCCUCAGUUGAGUUUUGCUACUGUUGUUGGUGUGUUCAGCAAUGGAUUGGGGACUCCAUGUUUGUGAAACAUCAGGUAAAGUUGUAAAGCCUAUAAAUUGCAAUUCAAUAAUUGAGCAAGUCUUGCAUGCUUGAA